UUGAAAACUUCGGUGGGCUCCAGGCCUCCAUGGCACAGCCCGGUGGCCGCACUCCAUGUCCAUGAUCUCAACUCUUCUCCCAGCAUCCGCAACACAAGAGAGGAGACAUGGCUGCAGCGCUCCUGCCAUCGCUUGGUCUUCUCCACGCUCUGGCCUUCUUGCUACGGCUCUCAACUGCCAGUCCGUCCCGCGGCGCACCAGAGCCACCGCCCGAGCACCCAGCAGGCUGCUCGCCCUCGCCCAAGGCGUGCGGGGGCCUGAACGUCUCCUACCCGUUCUGGCUGGAGGAGCCCGGCCGGCCGCCGUGCGGGUCGCCGCCCUUCCAGCUCAAGUGCAACGCCAGCGGCGCCUUCCUCAGCCACUCCGUGUUCCAGGCGUACCGGGUGGUGGCCAUCUUCGCCCGGAACAGCUCCGUCCACGUCGUCGACGAGAACCUGCCCCUCGCCACCGGCUGCCCGGCGCCGUGCUUCAACAUCUCGCUGGCCGCUAUGGGGCUGGGGGUGUUCGCCAUCAGCCAGGCCAACAGCGAGCUCCGGUUCCUCUCCCGAUGCAGCGAGCCCGUGCCAGAGGCUCUGCCUGGGUUCCGGCGCCUGCCUUGCGAUGACAACGCGUCGUUCGUCGGGUUCGGAGGGCGGUUUGGAAGCAGCGGCAGAUUCCACCGGGCGACACCACCGGGCUGCCUCGUCACCGUCGUGCCCACUCUUCCGGCGCCGGCGGCUCCAGAUGGGCACGGGCACGGGCACGACUACGUCGCGGGCAUGAGGAGAGGAUUUCUCCUGGAGUGGACGGCGGUCUCGGGGGAUUGCUCCAAAUGCAUUGCCAGCGGCGGGGAGUGCAUAUACCCUGACAAUGGCAUGGGUUUCUCGUGCAACUGCCCCGACGGCAUCCACUACCCCAUGACCUGCGGCGGUGGCAGCAAGAGGACUGGCAGAAAGGCAAUACUGAUAGUGUUGAUGGCAGUAGGUGCAAGCUUGCUCCUUCCAUGUAUUUGUGUGAUGGCAUGGUAUAUAAAGAGGCAAAAACUAUGUUUUCUCUUUUGCAAAAAGACCAUCAGAAACAAUGAAAGGAACAUUGAGGCACUAAUAUCAUCACAUGGAUCACUAGCUCCAAAAAGGUACAAGUAUUCAGAAGCAAUGAAGAUAACAUCUUCGAUGAAUAAUAAGCUUGGAGAAGGUGGUUAUGGUGUGGUUUUCAAAGGAAGGCUACAUGAUGGCCGUCUAGUUGCUGUGAAAUUCUUGCAUGAUUCCAAAGCAAAAGGGGAGGAAUUUGUGAACGAGGUUAUGAGCAUCGGAAGGACCUCACAUGUUAAUAUUGUCAGCUUAUAUGGGUUUUGUUUGGAGGGGUCAAAACGAGCUCUUAUAUACGAGUACAUGCCCAAUGGUUCUUUAGAUAAGUACAUCUACUCAAAGAAUCCCAAAGAGAUUUUAGGAUGGGAAAGACUCUAUGCAAUAGCAGUUGGAAUUGCCCGUGGAUUAGAAUAUUUGCACCACAGUUGUAAUACACGCAUUGUCCAUUUUGACAUCAAACCUCAAAAUAUCCUUCUUGAUCACAAUUUUUGCCCCAAGAUUGCUGAUUUUGGUCUAGCUAAAUUAUGCCGUACCAAGGAGAGCAAGCUUUCAGUGACUGGUGCUAGAGGAACAAUCGGAUUCAUAGCUCCUGAAGUGCACACACGAACAUUUGGAGUGGUUUCGACAAAAUCUGAUGUUUAUAGUUAUGGAAUGUUGUUGCUAGAGAUGGUUGGAGGCAGGAAAAAUGUGAAAACAGCUGUAGAAAAGUCAAGUCAAAACUAUUUUCCAGAUUGGAUUUAUGAUCAUUUUGGUCAAGAUGAUGGAUUACAAGCUUGUGGCGUUACACAGGAAGUUGAGGAAAUUGCAAAAAAGAUGAGUUUGAUUGGCUUGUGGUGCAUACAGAUAUUACCUAUGCAACGCCCUACAAUAACCUAAGUUUUAGAAAUGUUUGAAAGAGGCUUGGACGAAUUGGAGAUGCCAUCAAAGCAAAACUUCAGUCAAGUAUUGUAAGAUAUCUUUCUACUCAUUUCUGUAUUUGUCCAAUACCAUUUUUGUGAAGUUGAUACAUACAGCUACUUUUCCUUUCCUUUUUUCCAGCGAAGGUCCAGCUUAUAAUUUGGAUGUAGAAAGUGCAAGUUCCAGCUGUCCUACGGAAACACAAGCUUAUAGUGACGACUGAACUGACAUACUAAAGAUGAAGGAGAUUUCAGAAAUCCGACAACAGUUGUUGUCACCCACUCUGAGACGGACACCUAUUCUAGAAGUAAUAACAUCUUUAGGCAUUUCAUUGCAAGUGGAAACAUGUUCCGACAGUAUCAUUGUGAAUAAUCUAUUGUUUAUAGUGAUGGGGGUCCAAAUCUGAAGGUACUGGUCUACUGGAUGGUUAUUGUUAUCAAAAGAAAGGUCACUAGCCUGCUGUAUUAUCUUGCAUUGGAGGUCAGACAUAUUAACAAGUUUCGUUUGAGCUUAUAACAAA